UGCCAAAAUCAGCUCAGUCACUUUCCGGGCGAUGUUUUAUAAAUACUACAAACGUACAAGAAAGUGCAUCUGAGACUCUCCACGUUACAAUAUCGUUGAGAAGUUUAAUUUUAAUGUUAGUGAAAUGAAUAAGUGAUCGCGUUCAUUGAAAAUUAUCUUCUAUAGAUUUUUCUGUUUUUAAUGAAUAAUUAAAAAUAUAUCUAUUGACAAAUACAUAAAUACUGCAAAAAUUUUACAUAAAAAAUACAAAAGUUUCGAUAGUGCAACGAAACAAAAUCUAAUUAAUAACAUAAAAAUGAUACUUUGAAAAACAGAACAAAAGAAAAAAAUAAUAACUUGUGGAAGGAAUAAUUUGUUGUAAACUCUGUCAGGUCUGUAUUAAUAAGUGUUUUUACUUGUAUGAAAUAAGUGAUUUGACAAUUGAUAUAAAUAAACUAAUUGAACUGGUGUCACUUAAAGAUAUUAUUGAUAUGAUUAAGAAACCAAAAACUGAAAAUAUAAUUUUUUUUUGUGUCAAAGACUCAUUUAUUAAAAAAUUGAUAAUAAAAAAUGUGAAUGUGAAUGAAAAAGAAUGUCUAUCAAGAAAAGUAUAAUGAAGACUAGUGACAACAGGUACUAAUCGGUUUAAAUAAAUGUCUAAUUUAUCAAGCAUCAAUAUAUCUACAAUUACAUCUCUAUUAUAAAUGGUGCAAUUUCCUUGACAGUGAUUAACAACGAAAAUCUAUACAUAUUAGCUGCUCGCAGUAUUUCAAAUGUUGUGAGAGAAAUCCAAUUAAAACUUGCAGUAGACUUGAAACAUUAAAGCAAUUGUAUAAAAAUAGUUAAAAGACUAUCUAUGAAGAGUAUUAUGGAUAACACAUUAAAAGUAUUGGACAAUUCUUUUUACAUUUUAAAAUUUUUACUGAGCAUUUUAUUGCAUAGAUGCUAUAAUGAAAUUUACGGAUAUUAAUUGGUUAAAAAUCCAGAGAAUACAAAGUUUAUGUAAAUUAAAUGAAGAUUUUGCAUUGAACACGUGGCGUUUACCUGUCAAUUCGCAAUUCUGUGGUUCCAUUACUGUAUCUACGAUUAGAUAUGAGUUUAACAAAAAAAGCAAUUGGAGGAUCAAUUCAUCGAAUUCGAGAAUUCGAAUUAGAAAAGGUAAAUUUAGCAGAUGAGUUUGAUAUUUUACAAAUUGUUGGUGAAGGAUGGUUUGGAAAAAUAUUAUUGACGGAGCACAAAAGUACACAAACAGAAAUGGCUUUGAAAGCAUUACCCAAAGCCUAUACAGCUAUAACAGAUUUUUUUCGCGAAUUUCAUUAUGGUCUUCAUCUUUCUGCUCAUCGUAAUAUUAUUACGACUUAUGAUGUUGCCUUUGAAACUGCUGGAUUUUAUGUUUUCAGCCAGGAAUAUGCACCACUUGGUGAUUUAACGGCGAAUGUAUCAGAAACAGGUUUAGGAGAGCUUCACACGAAAAAAGUAGCUCGUCAAUUGGCAGCAGCAGUUUAUCACAUACAUAGUCGAGAAUUAGUCCAUCGUGAUAUCAAAUUGGAUAAUGUUUUAAUAUUUAAAAGUGACUUUUCUCGAAUCAAACUAUGUGAUUUCGGUGAAACUCGCAAAUUCAAUACCAUAGUCAGAAGACAUAACGAGUGGCUACCAUAUUCACCUCCAGAAGUACUUCAAGUUAAUCCAGAUGACACAUAUAAAGCAAUUGCAGCCCAUGAUGUUUGGCAAUUCGGUAUCGUCAUAUUUGUUUGUUUAACGGGCUGUUUACCAUGGCAAAAAGCGACACUAGAAGACAAACGAUAUACAAGAUACUUAAAUUGGCAUUCAGCAACAUUGAACAUUGCCAAAAAACCUAAGCUCUUUCAACUUGUUAGCUCACGAGCUCAAAGAAUGUUUAAAAGACUGCUGGAGCCUAAAUCAGAAAAACGAUUAGUUAAUGUAUUGGAGGUGAAUAAAUACAUUGAUGAUAGAUGGUUGGGAAAAUUAGGAGCUGAAAAAGCACUAAGUGGUGGAGCUGACGAAAGGGAUGAAUUGUGUCCUUCAAUGUACAGCUUUCAUAGUUCACCAGAAGAAAAGAGUCAACUUCUUUAUACAUUAACAAGAUAUGGAAUUGAAACGAAUGUAGAUAGGUCAAAGAAAAAAGAUAGAAUUCGUGAAUGGAUUCAAUGUAGUACAAUAACUGAAGGAAAUGAAGAUGAAGAGGAACCAAUGGAAGAUUUCAAGUUAUCAAUAGAAUCUUCUGAUGCAGAAGAUAAAAAAUUAAUGGUAGGAAAACAUUUUCCAGAAAUUAGAUCUCGUAUUGAAAGCUCUAGCCAUCCAAGGGAGCUAAGUUCUAUCAGAAAAAUAGAAUCAAGUCGAUCAUCUAAAUUAAAUGAUUAUAAUGACAGCAGAAAGCAUCAUAAAUUUGUUCACGGGUCACCUAUGAAAAAUUUGGAAAAGAAAAAUCCAUUUGCUCCGCAAGUCGCUCAUGAGAUUCAAACGAUGGCAAAGUAUGCUAUUUUUCCUAAUGGUAAUCCGAAUCUAGCUAAUACCAAAACUAUCGAUGCAAUCCAACCACAAGAUGAGAAAACUAUUCCGAUUUCUAAUUUAGCUCAAACCAAAUAUUCGAUUUCCAAUGUUGGUUUAAAUAUUAAUGGACAAGUAUAUCCUAGUACAAGCUUCCACGACUCUCCAAAUUCUUCUGUUCAUGAAGUUCAAAAUACUCACCAAAUUUCUCUAAAAGCUCAAGAUUCAAUUUAUUCUCAAUUUUUACCACAAAGUUCACAGCAUCAUAACAGACUAAACAAAAAACAUCUGUCUGCAUCGACUCAAGUGAAUGUAAAUUUGGAUACUAUAAUUGCUACUAAUACACAGUUAGUAAAUCAAAGUUCCCAAACAAUACGAAAUAAAAAUCUAACACCAAUUGUAUCACAAUCAUCGACAGUAGAUGCUUCUUCGACAAAUAAUGAUAAGAAAAAUGAGUAUGAACAUAUUUAUACUCGAGAAACAAUUCCAUCUAGAUCUGAAAUGAGGCAUAGUUCAACAAGCGGAAGUGGCAGUAGAUCAGCUAGUAAUUGAAAGAUUUAUAACCCACAAAAAUGUAUGUACAAAUCAUUGGCAUAAUUUGUGUAGACAAGUAUUAUUUAAAAGAUAAUUGUAGAUAUUUUUUAAAUUUCAAGUUAAGUUUUGUCAUUAAGAGAAUAUUAGUAAUUUUAAUAUUGUUAUUACAAUAAAAGAAUAUAAUAGAACUUUUUUAAAAACGUGUUGAGAAAUAUAAUCUUCUUUUCAAGUUGAUAAUUAGUUUUUUUUUAUUUUUAUUACUUUAAAGUAAUAUUAGAUGAUGGGAAUUCCAAAUACUGAAAUCUUCCAAAAAAUAAUAUUUUUUAAAUUCAGAUUGUAGAAGACGAAUCAAUAUUAGUAGGCUUUAUUACAUGAUAAAAACUGCUCAACAAGAAGUACAUCAAUCCUUUCAUAAUAAGUGUAAAUUGUAAUAAACAAAACAUGAUAAAUAAAAAUUCUAACUACAAAGUUAA